UUUCGGACGAGACGCUGAGGCUGGCGUGAAACACGGGCUCCGCGCCCGGUUCGUUGGAAUGAGUCUGCACACUUUAAAUGGAGACAGUAUUAGCGAGGGCAUAGCUGCUGAAAGCUGUGCGAUUCUUUUCACACCAGCAGAGACCACAGGCAGGACUUCUAUUCUUCGGCCAUCGCAGAAAGAAAAUGUGCCACCAAAGGGAAUAGUGAAGCCUAUGAAGGUAACUUUCCAAACUCCAGUGCGGGAUCCUCAAACUCGCAGGAUCUUGAGUCCAGAUAUAAAGAAAAAGCCCGAAAUUUCUCUUAUAGCAGAGAUUCCAGACAAUCUUCUCUUGACUACGUGCAACACUGUCAGGAAUCAACCAACAAUUACCACAGAGAUUACUUCAGCAAAAGAGAAGAUACAACCAGAAGGAAAGGUCACUCCUGAUCCUUCAGAUGAUCUAACCUACUUGCCUACUGUCAGUGUUGUUGAGUCAUUUAAGAGCUCAGACAGCCUUCUGAAUUAUCCUAAUAGCCAGAAACUCUCUCUUUUGGAAGUUCUUACUGGAACUGAAAAACAAGAUGGAUUUUCUCUUUCAUGUGAUUCAGUUUGCUUGCCUCAAACUGUUGCUGAAAAUAUUCCAUCUGGGGAAACAGGCUGCACAACUGAGAGUAAUUUGUCCCUAGCCUCAUUACUACAUGAUGAUGUUUCAAAGCAAAUUCUAAAUUACGAUCAUGCCACAAAUAUCACCUCUAACAGAGCUUGCAACCUUGAGCCCUUACCAAUGUUGUACUUACAAAAUUCUCCCUUGCCACACAUGCAAAAAUUAUGUAGCUUUGAAAAUUUAAACAGUGACAAAAUAAACAACAGUGAAGAGAAUUCUGGCACUGAAAUAAAAGAGAGCUGGGUUCCCAAAGUAUCUUACAAGCUUGACUGCAUAAACUUUGAUCCCGACUUCAACACAUUUGGAUGUGGGCCCAACAUACAGGAUUCCACUGAAUGUCCUGCACCCUGUGUAGAGAAAUCUGAUGUCCGAAAAGAUGAAGCAGACUCUCUACAAACACAAGAACUUAAUGUACCAGAUAAAUUUGAGACUAUGGAAUUAACAGCAGAAAGCCAGAGAGCGACUGAUGAUCGGAUUUUAACUGACAGUCAGGCUGUGGUUGAAAAAGAUGCUCAAGGUGAACCUUCAGGAGAAAUAAUGGUGAGCCAAAGGACUAUAUUAUCUGAGACCUCAGACCAAGGAAACAUGUCUCUGGAUGGACAGUUGCUCGUAGGUGAUUUAGCACCCAGACCCCUUUGUGGAAGUACAGAAACAGGGAGUGAAAGUAACCAGCUAUUUACCGAAAGUGAAGAAUUCAGACCACCUAUGGAAGUUUUUGGAAUACAAAUAGACUAUCUAGAGCAAUUUGGAAUGGCCUCGCUGAAGGAAUCUGUUUUGAGAAAGCAGUCCCUGUACUUGAAGUUUGAUCCUCUGCUCAGCGAAAGCCCUAAGAAAAAGGGUCCUGAUACUAAUGAAGCAACUCUUCCAGUAGCUGCAUUGCUGCAAAAUGGCAGAACUUCUACAAAAACUGCAUCCAUUGAAGUAAAAUCAUCUGAACAGGAAGAAAAGCUGUUGGGGCUUGACUUUCAAAUUUUUCCAGAUCUGGGAAAGACAUCUCCAGACUUCCCCACCAGUAACAACAUGCCAUUGUUCUCAUGUGCUCAGUCUUCUGAAGCAAUUAUAGAUGUACUGAAAUACAGUCAAAAAGAUAUGGAUGAAGUUUUACAGAAAGUAAAGCUUGAUAUGGAUGCUGUAGUCCAAACACUUACUGCCGAGGUACAAGAAAAGCAAAGGGAAGCUUUGGAAUGGAAGAGGAAGCAUGACAAAAUUUAUGCUGAAAGUAAAGAAAUGGAAAAAAUUGUUGCUGAGUUUGAGGGCACCAUAACACAAGUGAUGGAGGAUUCUCAGAUCCAAAAGGAGCUUGCAAAAAAAGAACUGCAGAAAGUAUUGGAUGAAAAGCAACAAGUUAUUUCUGAUCUGAAUGCUGUGGAAAAGUCUUUCUCUGAAUUCUUCAAACGAUUUAAAAAACAGAAGGAGGCCAUAGAAGGAUUUCAAAGGAACGAAGAAGCUCUGAAGAAAUGUGUUGAAGAUUACCUUGAAAGAAUUAAGAAGGAAGAACAGAGAUAUCAAGCCCUGAAGGCACAUGCAGAAGAAAAGUUGCAUCAAGCAAAUGAAGAGAUUGCCCAAGUGAGAAGCAAGGCCAAAACAGAAGUGGUUGCCCUCCAGGCCAGUUUGCGCAAAGAACAGAUGAGAAUCCAGUCACUAGAGAGAAGCAUUGAGCAAAAGACAAAAGAAAAUGAUGAACUCACAAAAAUCUGUGAUGAUUUGAUUUCUAAGGUGGAAAAAAUGUGCUAGAUCUCCGCAUUCACCCCAUUUUGUUCUGUUCUCCAAUUUUGGAGUAGUUUAUUUAUUAAAUGUACUUCUAUGGUUCAGUUUCACUACUUUGACUAAUUUUGUUUGAUAUGAAAUAGUUCCUUUAUAUUGCCAAGUUGCUGUUUCUAGAAAGCAAUUGAAGAGGCAUACAAGUGAUUCUGUAAAUACAAGUCUUGGUGUAUUUUUGUUUUUAGUCUGCAGUCUUUUAACUAACCAAUUAAUGUUUGAUGGGCUAUUUUCUGUAUCCUUGGACUGGACUUUAUUGCUUCCUUGUAUGUUUUUGGCAGUCAGGAAGGAAUUGCUUUCAAUUGUGUGAAAGAAAUGGAGAAAGUUUAUCUUUCAUUUAAAAAAUGAACACUUCUGAUAUUAUAUUGCACAGGCUCUAUAAUCUUAAAAUUGUUCAUUAAUUAGUUUUUGUUCUAUUCAUAUAAAUCAGUAUGCAGAAACUGAAAUUGCAAGAUCCUCUUUCUCCAGCUGUUUAGACAUUUAUCUCUUUCUCUCUUUGGUCUUUAAAAUAAAA